AUGAAUGUCCAGUACAUAGUAGACCAACUCCAGACGAAACUAAAGCGAACGAAGAAGACGUACUUAGAACUCCAAGAGUUGGUGGUGAUGACAACGGGACUUGGAUGGGAUCCAGACUCGCGGUUGAUAGUAGCAGACGAGGAGAGAAAAAUUGACUGGGCUCGGGCUCAUAGUGCAAUGAAUGGACCGGGUAGCCAACCAAAUGUGGAACCGAAUACAAAUGAUGGAACUGCUGGCACACAAGGGGGGUUGGAUGGGACGAGCAGUACAGGCACGGGGACGGGCCACACUAGACCCUCCGAGGCCGGACCAAGUGUUAGAAGGGUUCGGCGGAGGCGAACCUCAAGUCAGGCGGAUGAGGUGACAGUCGCUCUCCUUGUCGUGCCCAAAAGUGCCGACGUCAGGAAAAAGGCCAACGAGAUGUUUACUUUUCCAGAGUACCGCGACUAUUGGUUGUCGUUAGACGAAGAGGAUCGGAUUCAAUGGAUCCACCAGUUUGUUGGUUCGGACUGAUUUGAGAAUGCAGGAGGUUAAGUUGGAUCUUUGCUGUUGAAUUGUGUAGGUCUUAUCCUUAAGUAGUUGUAACUUAUAAUUUCAACAUUUCACGUCACCUAGGUGGAGAGCUGGAUUGUUAUCAUGUACU